AAAAAGCAUGUCCUGUAGGAUGGAGCAGCUUCAACCAUAGCUGCUAUCUCCUCUCGGAAAGCUUUGGUUCCUGGGAUGCAGCCAGAAAGGACUGCAGAGACAGAGGAACAGAUCUGGUGGUUAUUGACAGCGCUGAAGAACAGAAGGUUUUUACCACAAACCUAGCUCAGUGGAGGGACAGUAGCAAUCUCACAUGGCUGAAGAUCUCUACUGCCCUUGAUCCCAGGUUUAAAGACCUUAAGUGCCUUUCCAAAGAUGAAAGAAGAGAGGUGCGGGCUUCAGUACAUGACCUUCUGAUGGCAGAGACGCAUGCACACCAACCAUUUGCUCAGACAACAGAGGAACCAUCACCAAAGAAGAGCAAGAUAUCCAUCUGCUUGCUGGAUAAAACAUGUCCUGUAGGAUGGAGCAGCUUCAACCAUAGCUGCUAUCUCCUCUCUGAAAGCUUUGGUUCCUGGGAUGCAGCCAGAAGGGACUGCAGAGGCAGAGAAGCAGAUCUGGUGGUUAUUGACAGCCCCGAAGAGGAGAACUUACUCUCUAAAAUCACCACAGAAGUUUGGAUUGGUUUGAAUGACAAAGAACAGGAGGGAACAUGGAAAUGGGUAGAUGGGACUCCACUGAAUCUGACAUUGACAAAGUACUGGGCAGAUGGCCAACCUGAUAAUGGUGGUGGAAACCCAUUGUGGGGUGAAGAGGACUGUGCUCAAAUCAGGACAUUUGACAACACUUUGUGGAAUGAUAUUUCAUGCAGGAAUUCUCUGCCGUGGGUCUGUGAAAAAAUACCAUAA